CCGCGCAGGCUUACGCACUCCCCAGUGCGCAGGCGCAGAUGGAACCGGUGGGCAGGCAGCCCUCCAGUGCCGUGCGGAGAGGGCCCGGUGGUAUGGCGGCGGGAGCCCUACGCGGUCUAGCAGUGGCCGGUGGAGGCGAGAGUAGCGAGAGUGAGGAUGACGGCUGGGAGAUUGGGUAUCUCGACCGGAAAGCUCAGAAAUUAAAAGGACCAUUACCAGUUGAAGAAAGGCAGGAAACAUUUAAGAAGGCUUUGACCACAGGCAAUAUUUCAUUGGUCGAGGAGCUCCUAGAUUCUGGCAUCAGUGUAGAUACCAGCUUUCAGUAUGGGUGGACUUCCCUUAUGUAUGCUGCUAGUGUUUCCAAUGUAGAGCUGGUUCGGGUCCUUCUGGACAGAGGUGCUAAUGCAAGCUUUGAUAAGGAUAAGCAAACUGUUUUGAUUACUGCAUGUUCUGCUCGUGGCUCAGAGGAAAAGAUCUUGAAGUGUAUAGAGCUACUACUUUCAAGAAAUGCUGAUCCAAAUGUUGCUUGUAGGAGACUUAUGACACCAAUCAUGUACGCUGCACGUGACGGCCGCCCUCAGGUUGUUGCUCUCCUUGUUGCUCACGGAGCAGAAGUAAAUACCCAGGAUGAGAACGGCUAUACUGCUUUAACAUGGGCAGCACGUCAGGGUCAUAAAAAUGUAGUUUUGAAGUUGCUUGAACUUGGAGCUAAUAAAAUGAUACAAACCAAAGAUGGAAAGACACCAAGUGAAAUUGCAAAAAGAAAUAAACAUCUAGAGAUCUUCAAUUUUCUUUCCUUGACUUUAAAUCCUUUGGAAGGAAAGCUUCACCAGCUAACUAAAGAAGAGUCUAUUUGUAAACUGUUGAGAACAGAUUCUGAUAAAGAAAAAGAUCACAUAUUUAGUUCAUAUACAGCAUUUGGAGAUCUGGAAAUAUUUUUACAUGGUCUUGGACUUGAACAUAUGACAGAUUUAUUGAAGGAAAGGGAAAUAACUUUAAGACAUCUUUUGACCAUGAGGAAAGAUGAGCUUGCAAAGAAUGGAAUUACCAGUAGAGAUCAGCAGAAAAUUAUGGCUGCCCUUAAAGAACUUGAAGUAGAAGAGAUAAAAUUUGGAGAAUUACCUGAAGUCGCAAAGUUGGAAAUCAGUGGUGAUGAGUUCCUCAACUUUCUUCUGAAAUUAAACAAACAGUGUGGCCACUUAAUAACAGCUGUACAGAACAUUAUUACCGAGUUGCCUGUAAAUUCUCACAAGAUAGUACUAGAAUGGGCUUCUCCCCGGAAUUUUACUUCAGUUUGUGAAGAACUGGUUAGUAAUGUUGAAGAUUUGAGUGAAGAGGUCUGCAAGCUAAAAGACUUAAUUCAGAAGUUACAAAAUGAACGAGAAAAUGAUCCAACUCAUAUAACGUUAAUGGAAGAAGUAUCUACAUGGAAUAGUAGGAUUUUGAAGAGGACGGCUAUUACAGUAUGUGGAUUUGGGUUUCUUCUUUUCAUCUGCAAGCUAACUUUUCAGAGAAAAUAACCCUAAUAUUUGUUUUGAAUAAUGUAUGUGUUCCUUAUUCAAAUUACCUAAAAAUGUUGCUUUUAACUAUUUGUGACACACUGUAACUACCUUUGCCAGUACUCCAUAGGAAGAAUUAUGAUAGUAUAGAGCAGAAUGCUUUUCUUUAAAAAGUGGUUUGUCAGUUUGAAUUGAAAAUAUAAUUUGUUAUAUUUUUAUGUUAAUUUUGAUCAAGCAGUAAAUUAUAAGGAUUUUUAAGUUUGAUCCUAUCCUAUGUAAAUCACAUUCAAAAUAAAAGUUUUAUCUAAUAUUCUUUGACAC